UGAAUAGAAUAUUAUACAAAGCAAGGCAAUUUAACACAAAUAGUCAAUUUAACACUGUUUUAGCCUUGCCUACUUCUUUACCAGUUCGAACCACCGCUGUGAUCUGUCAGUCCAGGGUCGAUCCUUCACUCCAACUUUGCAUUACCACAAGGUCCAUUCCCGGAAAAGGCGCGAAGAAGCAUUCAGACUCCCGGCAAACCUUGUGCGUGGUUGCAAUCCUUUUGCUGAGAUUAUAUUGUCACUGAACCUUUUUGGGGAGACGUGUAACUUAUAAAAAGAGCAAGCCAAUCCUCAGCCUUGAGGCUUUUGGUCUUCCAAAUUUUCUAUAUAUCCUCUCUUUUUCCCUACCUCUUCCCCAUUACUCUCCUUUGUUAAACCAACUAACUACAACAAUGCAUUGGAAAUCCUUUGUUGCACUCACCACCUUAGCCGCCGCUGCUCAAGCUGCCGAGAAGAAGGCAGUUUCUAGCGCUGCUAAGAGCAGCACCACUGCUGCUCCUAAGAGCACUGCUGCCGCUGCUACUACUAGCGCUGCUGCUGCUGCCUCCCCCCUUACCGGUGGCACUAACCCCCUCGCCAUCACCAUCCCCAGCAUCCCUCAAACCACAUCCUAUGACGUUAACACCGAAUGCCAGGCUUACAGCGUCCCUGGUUUGACCAUUGAUCCUAAGCAAUGGCCCAAUAUUUGGGAAACUGCCACUACCAAUGGUAUGAACACCAGUGCUGAAUUCACCUCUUUGUACAAUUCCAUUGAUUGGACCAAGAAGCCCACUGCUCCCGUUCGUAAGGCCACUGCUGCUGGCGGUCUUGACUUCACUGGCUACAGUGCCACCACUGAUCCUGACUGCUGGUGGUCUAGCUCCCUCUGCACCAUUCCCAAGGCUGCUGGUAUCAAUGCUGAUAUCUACCGUUGCGAGGAACCUGAAACCUGGGGUUUGACCUACGAUGAUGGUCCUAACUGCUCCCACAAUGCUUUCUAUGACUUUUUGCAACAGCAAAACUUGAAGGCCAGUAUGUUCUAUAUUGGUUCCAACGUCUUGGAUUGGCCCUAUGGUGCCAUGCGUGGUCUUAAGGAUGGCCAUCAUAUUGCUGACCACACCUGGUCCCAUCAGCUUAUGACCACCUUGACUGAUCAAGAAGUCCUUGCCGAACUUUACUAUACCCAAAAGGCCAUCAAGUUUGUUACUGGUGUUACCCCCAAGUACUGGCGUCCUGCCUUCGGUGAUGUUGAUGACCGUGUCAGAUGGAUCGCCACCCAACUCAACUUGACUGCCGUCAUCUGGGAUCUCGACACUGAUGACUGGGCUGCUGGCAAUUCCGUUCCUGAAACCACUGUUGAACAGACCUACCAAGAUUUCAUCACUAUGGGUACCAACGGUAGUUAUGCUACCUACGGUAACAUUGUCUUGACCCACGAAAUUGAUAACACUACCAUGACUCUUGCCAUGAAGUAUCUUCCUCAAAUUAAGGCUGCUUACAAGAACGUUUUGGAUGUCGCUACCUGCAACAACAUCACUAACCCAUACAUGGAGGACUCCGUCACCAUGACUCCCUUCGGCAAUGCUACCACCACCAACACCACCACUGCUGCUUCUGGUUCCGGCGUCGCCCCCGCUGCCAGUGGUUCUGCUGCUCCCGCUACAUCUGCCAAGUCCGGUGCUUCCGCAUUGACUGCUCCUGCUUCCCUCCUUGCUCUUGUUGCACUUGCUGUCUUUGCUCAAUAAAAAAAAAAAGUAAUUUGUGGAUUUCCCUCCCUCUUUUCCUCCAUCUAAA